GGGGGCUGCGGCUGGAUUCGAUCCUGCGCGGCGGCGGAGAAGGCGGGGGCGGAGGCUCGCCCGGGCGACAGGGAGUGGAUUAGGGGAGGAGGGAAGACCGGAAGCCACGGUCGCGUCCCCAUCCUUACAUUCGCUCUCCUGGGCUGGCAACGGAGACGGAGGAGGGAGAGGCUGAAUGUUGGCUCCGUGAUAAAGGGAGCGGCCGCUCCGGAGCCUCCUCCUGGGGCGCCCCCCUCAUCCCGCCCGCCCUCCGCACUCACCGGCUCCUAGGCGCGCCACCCCAGCGGACCGGCCGGCCGGCCGGCAGACGUUUGCUGAAGAGGCACUGCCCGCGGCGGGGACUGGCCCGCGGCGUCCGAGGCCCGCGCCGCGCCGCCACCCCCACCCGCCUGCUCGCUGGUCCCUCUGGCCGCCGCCAUGUCCUCCUCCUCAUCCUCCCCCAGGGAGACGUACGAGGAGGACCGGGAGUACGAGAGCCAGGCCAAGCGCCUCAAGACUGAGGAAGGGGAGAUCGACUACUCGGCCGAGGAAGGCGAGAACCGCCGGGAAGCGACGCCCCGGGGCGGGGGCGAUGGCGGCGGCGGCGGCGGCCGGACCUUCUCGCAGCCGGAGGCAGGUGGAAGUCAUCAUAAAGUUUCUGUUUCGCCAGUUGUCCACGUUCGAGGACUCUGUGAAUCUGUGGUGGAAGCAGACCUUGUGGAGGCUCUGGAAAAAUUUGGGACAAUAUGCUAUGUGAUGAUGAUGCCAUUUAAACGGCAGGCUCUAGUGGAAUUUGAGAACAUAGAUAGUGCCAAAGAAUGUGUAACGUUUGCUGCGGAUGAACCUGUGUACAUUGCUGGUCAACAGGCUUUUUUCAACUAUUCUACUAGCAAAAGGAUCACUCGACCAGGAAAUACUGAUGAUCCAUCAGGAGGCAACAAAGUUCUUCUGCUAUCAAUUCAGAAUCCUCUUUAUCCAAUUACAGUGGAUGUUUUAUAUACUGUAUGCAACCCUGUUGGAAAAGUGCAACGUAUUGUUAUAUUCAAGAGAAACGGAAUACAAGCAAUGGUUGAAUUCGAAUCAGUCCUUUGUGCCCAGAAAGCUAAAGCGGCACUCAAUGGAGCAGAUAUAUAUGCUGGAUGUUGCACACUAAAAAUCGAAUAUGCAAGGCCAACUCGUCUAAAUGUUAUUAGGAAUGACAAUGACAGUUGGGACUACACUAAACCAUAUUUGGGAAGACGAGAUAGAGGAAAGGGUCGCCAGAGGCAAGCCAUUUUGGGAGAACACCCUUCUUCGUUUAGACAUGAUGGCUAUGGAUCCCAUGGUCCAUUAUUGCCUUUACCAAGUCGUUACAGAAUGGGUUCUCGAGACACACCGGAGCUUGUUGCCUAUCCACUACCGCAGGCUUCUUCCUCUUACAUGCAUGGGGGAAAUCCCUCUGGUUCAGUUGUAAUGGUUAGUGGAUUACAUCAGCUAAAAAUGAAUUGUUCAAGAGUUUUCAAUCUGUUCUGCUUAUAUGGAAAUAUUGAAAAGGUAAAAUUUAUGAAGACCAUUCCUGGUACAGCAUUGGUAGAAAUGGGUGAUGAGUAUGCUGUAGAAAGAGCUGUCACACACCUUAACAAUGUCAAGUUAUUUGGGAAACGGCUUAAUGUUUGUGUGUCUAAACAACAUUCAGUUGUUCCAAGUCAAAUAUUUGAGCUGGAGGAUGGUACAAGUAGCUACAAGGAUUUUGCAAUGAGCAAAAACAAUCGCUUUACAAGUGCCGGCCAAGCAUCUAAGAAUAUAAUUCAACCACCGUCAUGUGUUCUGCAUUAUUAUAAUGUUCCACUGUGUGUCACAGAAGAGACCUUCACAAAGUUGUGUAAUGACCAUGAAGUUCUUACAUUCAUCAAAUAUAAAGUGUUUGAUGCAAAACCUUCUGCCAAAACGCUUUCUGGGCUGUUAGAAUGGGAAUGCAAAACUGAUGCAGUAGAAGCCCUUACAGCACUUAAUCACUACCAGAUAAGAGUUCCAAAUGGUUCCAAUCCCUAUACAUUGAAGCUUUGCUUUUCUACAUCAUCCCAUUUAUAAGAAGAGAAGAGCAUGUUAGAAUUUAUGUUCACCUUUAUUACAGUUUUAAAGCUACACUUCAUUAAAAAAAAUUUAAAAUGGUUGAUCUAAGGUUGCCUUGCAUACUUUGAUUUAAGGUCCUGUUCUGUAAUAAACAAGUAUUUUGCCUUGAGUAAAUCUGUUGUAAAAUUAAAUAUUGAAUUGUUUUCAUUUUAAAAUAGAAUAUCAUAAUGUAGACUAUCUACAGCCUCCUUGUAGAUUACGCAAAUAUAUUAUUUCUAAUCUUAUUAUUUUUCUUCCACAGUGAAAAUAUAUUUGCAUUCUUAAUGCUAAUUAUCUGCAAGUAUUUUUCCAUUGUGUAUGAGAUGAAUGCAGUGAAAGUAUUGCAUUUUAAUAUUAUAGAAUUCUUAUUAUAUGUUUAGAUCUUUAAGUAUGUUGCAGUUAUUCAUAUUAAACAUAACUUGUAUUUAUUAAGUAUUUUAAUCAAGUUUGAGAAUAACAUUGCACAUAAUAAAUUUUAAGUAUUACAGAUUUAGCUGAUUUUAUAUUUCUGAAAGGCUAACAGGCAUAUAGAUACAGUUGUACAGUAUGCACUCAAACUUAUUUAAAUUGGUGUGUUUUUUUUGAAGUCAUUGUCCAUUUGUAUUGAUGUGCCUCUGUUUCUAGUUCUAGUUUGGAGAUUUUAUAAAGUUACAACAAUGA